AUGGAUUUAGCCAAACUCAAGGUGGCCGACCUUAAGGCCGAGCUUGCUGCGCGAAACCUAGAUACCAAAGGUGUGAAAGCGGUGCUAUUGGAGCGCUUGAAGGAGGCACUCGAACGAGAAUCGAGCUCUUCCGCCAACGCCAACGUCGAUAUGACUUCACAGUAUCUAAUGCAACAGCAGCACCAGGAAAAGCUGCUAAUGAUACAACGGCAGCAGAAGGAACAGCAGCAACUCCUUUUUCAACAGCAACAUAUGAAGCAGCAGCUUCUUCAGCAGCAGCGUGACGAGACCGAGCUGCUGCAGAUGGCUGCCGAGAUGCACGCCGAAGAGCAGCAGUUCAUCGAGGAUCUUUCCAUGCCCAGUAACCGACGCGUCGAUACACCGGUUAGAAGGCGCAGUGUGAGGCGCUCAAUGACAAGAUCGCCAUCCCCGACAAACAGUUCCGCGGACAAUCCACACGCGUCACUGAUGGGAAGUGCACGCAAACGGGGCCGAUCACGAUCAAUGACAAAGUCACCCUCUCCGCAGCGGCUCAUGAGCGAAGCGCCCUGUUUGGCGUCGGUGCAAGAAGAAGAACCGGACCCGGUUGUCGCAGGGACCGAGCAGCGGUUAGUCACAGAGGAACCGACGCCCCAGCCGACCGUGGUUCCCUGUGACGAACUGCCUUCCGUACCCGAUGAUACACCCUCGGAGCAAAAGGCACCGUCCGAGGCGUCGACGGAGCCUGUUUCCGCUAUGGAGGUCGAAGAAUACAAAGAAUCCCUCGAGCCGGUGUUAACGGCGAAGCAGGAAGUAAAGGUAGAAGAAGAGGUCAAGCCUCCUCCGGCGGUUGAAACGGUUGACGAGACGGCACUGGUCGAAGCAUCGGUGCCUGCGAGCAAGCAAGAGGAGGAACCAACGGAGGGUGACGACACGAAAGCUAAACCGGACGAGUCUGCCAACAACCCAGUGGCAGCAAAUGAAUCCGACGAGAAGGCACCCGCUAAGGCCGCCGAGGAUGCGCCCAGCGAGACAGCAAAGACGGACGGCGCUAAAACAAACGACAAGAAGGACUCGUCACAGAACCAGGCACAGAACAGCAUGAUUGAGUUUGUGUCGGAAGAGGUCGAGCCGCAGUUGCCGGAGGAGGCUGCUAACACGUUCACGCUCAGUUGGUAUGAUUCCAACCUGAACAUGGUCAUCGAUGACAAGGAUCUGCUUUCGGCGAAAACCCUCUCCGACGGUAUAUUCGGGCUGGUAUGGGCCGGUGCCCGUGCGAGUAGGGGCGUCCUUGGCGGGAAGGUGUUUUACGAAGUAUUAGUAACGGACAAUUUGUUACCGGCCACAAAGUCACGGUUUGUUCCGGAUGGUGAAACGCCGACGCUGGAGAUGCGAUUGGGCUGGUCGACGGCCGUUGAGGGCAAGCUGCAGCUCGGCGAAACGGAACACUCGUACGGAUACUCCAGCUGCGGAAAGAAGGUGACCGGCGGAAACUUUGAACAGUACGGCGUGGCAUACGGCAAGAACGAUGUGGUCGGUGUAUACCUGGACAUGGAGUCGUCUCCGUGCAGGAUGCAGUUCACCGUGAACCGCGUGCGGCAGGGCGAGGCGUUCGAGUUCGAGAAGGACAGCUUGGACGGCAAGGCGCUGUUUCCGCAUGUCUAUGCGAAGAAUCUGGCGUUCAAAGUAAACUUUGGCACGGUGUCGGAAGGUUUCCCCUUGAGUGCCGAGGAGAAGAAGGCCCCCUCAAACACGGAGCAAUCGGCGGCCACCGAAACGCCCAAGGAAGAAGCGAAGGAAAACGAUGGAGACAAUACGGCGACGGAAGCGAAGGCGAUGGAAGAGGAUGGCAAGGAGGAAAUAAAACCGGACACGGAUAAGGACGCGGACACGAAGAAGGACGAGGAAGAGAAAAAAGACGAGCCGGCGGUAGCGACCGAUGAAGCGGUUCCACCGGCCGAACCUGUGGUUGUCGAAAGUGUACCUUUUGAUGAAGAUUUUAAAUUUCUGAACCGUUUUACCGAGGAAAAUGAGGAGCUCGUCGCCGAAGGGCUGAAGGGACCGUCGGCGAGGGACUGUUGCGAGCUUAUCAUGACGAUCGGACUUCCGGGAUGUGGAAAAACUAACUGGUUGCAACAGUAUCUGAAGGACAACCCGGACAGCACGUUCACGCUGCUGAGCAUCGAAAGUUUGCUGGAAAACAUGAAGGUUUUGGGUAAAGCUCGCGAACCUUCCAACACUCCCGAGUGGCAAAAGAUAAUCGAGCAGCUGUCUCGCAACAUGGCUCGGUUGAUCGAAGUAGCCUGCAAACGCCGACGACAUUUCAUCAUCGAUCAGACAAAUGUGUUUGCAUCAGAGCAGAAGCGACGCUUGAAGCGAUUCGGUGGAUUUAAGACACGCCGUGCUGUGGCGAUCGUGCCCAGCAUGGAAGAGUACAAACGACGGUAUGAUCUAAAGGUUGCCCAGUACGGCAAGGAAGUACCUGAAACGUCUCUCAAUACAAUGAAGGCCAACAUGUUUGUGCCAUCGCUCGAACAAAACUGGUACACCGAGCUCGUGUUUCCCGAGCUGGCGGAAGCGGAAGCACAGGAAGUGAUCAAAAAGUUCAACGAGGAAGGCCGGAAGCUGUUGCCACCGCGCAGAAACCGUGCCAACCAGUCGAACCGCCAGAAGCACAACAACGCGAACGCGAACAGCAACUACACGUCACGCUGGAACCACAACAAUCGCCAGCAAGGCGGUGGCCAGCAGUACGGCAAGAACCGGUAUGGUGGUGGUGGUGGUGGCGGCGGCCAGGGUGGGGGUUAUGGCAACCGGUACGGUAACAAAUCGACCGACGUGCAGUACGGCCACCACCGUGCUGGGGAUUAUCGCAGCGGCAAUGGAUACGGUCGCCGGGACGAUCAUCAUCGUGGGGGAAAUUAUGGCAGUGGAGGCAACCGGUACGAUUCGUGGACUCGUAAUAGCGGUGGUGGAGGUGGAGGAUAUUACAACGAUCGUGGCUAUUCCAACCGUGGCUAUCAUCAGCAACAGCAGGAUCAUUCCAAUAACCGAUACGAUGGACGUCGUCGCGAUCGUCGGGGAUAUAACAACGGUUCGGGAUGGAAUUCGCAAGGUGGACAGUCGCAGCAGUGGAACAGCUAUCCCAAGUCGGGCAACUCGGAUUCGUGGUACUUAUGGUGGCAAUCGAACCUGAACAACCUACUUGCACCGAACGGCAGCAACGACGACGCAUCCGGUUCGUCCUCGGCCCAAUGGAAUCAGUACGGUGGUGGGGCGCAGCAUUCGUCCUCGUCAUACGGUGGCUACAACUCGAAGGGUUCCGGUGGCGGCGGUGGCGGUUCCACCAGCAUGUCGUAAGCUGGUCGACCUGCAGUGGUUGUGUUUGUGUGUGGUGGUUUUUACUUUCUUUCCUUUACAUCGUUUAAGCUAUCGAACCUGACGUAAAGUUUACCGUAAAAAAUGUAAAUGAAUUGUAGCGCUUGAGCGCGUGUAUGAGUUGCCACCUUUUGCAAAAACAAAAAGAAACAUUAGUAGGAGGAAGCGGAAGUGUUUCCCGGCGCCAGUUACAAAGCACACAAAACAACACGCGGCUAUCGCACGCACGCACGCACGCAUUACGAAUGGUAAACACGCAUUCGAUACACGACACGGGAUCCGUUUCCAUGGCGGAUUGGUUUUGCACCCACAAAAUAGACACCGAAAGCUCCUCUCAAACAUGUGAAGAAAAAAAUAAGCAUGCUACUAGUACACCUGCGUCUCGGUUUGCGGCCCCAAUCUGUUCCCGGGAGUAGUGAGUUUAGGUGGCAUUCAAGAAAACCCACGGUAUGGCCGUUAACAGAAGAGAGUCGUACAUGGGAAGCGUUAUUAACAACACGGGAAGCUUACUUUCCCUUCACGCAGGUCCAGGCUAUGGUAAUCAGGACAAAAACACACAUCCACACAUACAGGUCUCGUUUAGCUGUAAGGGCACGAACAUUUCGGUUUGUGUGUGUUUUUUUUUUGUUUGUUUUUAGGGCAAAGGAUCGAAUUAUGCGAAUUGCGACGACUGACGCGAGUAAGCGGGUGCGACAAAAAAAAGGAAGGGCGUAAUUUAUGUGUAAUAUGUUUUAAAAAUACCUAAGACAAAGCUCGAUGUUCAACAUUAGCACGGUAAGCGGGGAAGCGGAUUGGCCGUUAGGAUUGCUUCUUUUUCUUUUACAUCUAUAAAUAUAAACAUAUGUGUAGUCACCACCCCUUGGGUCACCAUUGGUCUGAGCGCGGGCAAUCCGGGCGCACGUCGUGAUUGCCGUUCUAUCGGUUUUUUUUCUCCUUUGUUUGACUUUUGAUUUCGUUCCUCUCGCGUUCGUCAGCGAGACGACCAUGUUAAAAUAAUUAUACCUAUGUUUGCCGCUCAGUGCUCCUCACCAAUAUAGGUAACCUUAUGUUUAAGGCUUUUAGAUUCGUAUUUUAACUAUUAUUUAAUGCUAGGUGUGCUGCGAGGCCAACCUAUUUUUUACGCGACCCAUGAAGGGGUUUCCCUUUUCGGAAGCAAUUAGGCUCAUUGUGCAGGCAGGCAGACACAGACACACAUGCUGCUGCUGAUGUUUUAGGGCGAUGGAAGGGGCGGCAUGGCGGUUUCUUUCUUUCUUUCUUUAUUUUUUUUUAUUGUUGGAAUACGUUUCCUGCCACCGCAAUCCUUCAGUGCGUUUCCAUCAGCAGCCAACAAGGCGAAGCGUGCUGCUAUUUAGUUGUAGAACUCAAACCGAUAGCGAAUGCGGUACGAAACUAGGCGAGAUGUAGGCUCGGCGGAAUAGGCAGCAGUAAUUCUAUAAUAGGUCCAAAGCUGCGUUGCAGGGAGGGUAGCAGAACGGUUAAUUUAAUAAAAAAGAAAAUUAUGUAAAACACUAUAGCAAAGAGAGAUCCCUCCCUUUGACCGUCACCAUCCCAGAAAAUCCCCAGCAGUACACUUUGGCGUGUGUUAACUCAUCAAAUUUAAAGUAAAACUCAUUCUUAAAAGUAUCUAUGAUUGAAAAUGACAAAAAACCACGUAUAACUAAAAGUUCAUAAAUAAAUGAAGCAACAAAAAAAAGUAAAAAACGAGAAACAAGUCGAAGUGAGGUGAAACAUUAGAUUGAUUGUAAUCGAAAACUGCUACUGAGACAGUGGAGUGAUGCGCCGCUCGCGGGAGUGAGGCCUCCCCGCCCCCUCCGCCGCGUGUGUGUGUGAGACAGAGAGAGAAGGUGUGUGCGAAUUGAUUUUGCAAAUUCAACAGGCCUUUGCCACGGUUGCCACGGCAACGAGCGCAACGGCCACGACAUGUCGCUAACCGCUAUCUAUACUUAAGGUACAAAUAAACGAAAA